AUGUUGUCAGUCAACUUCUCCACCCCCCUCGCCGGGCCUGCUCGGUCUGAGAGGAUCAAACAAAUGUCUAAUAAUCACCCCGCGUUUGAGAAAUCGCGCAUCACGCAAGAGAUCCUGGUCAAGAUACAGCAUUCUCUGAGGCGCAUGCCUGGUGUUUCCGCAAAGGAAUCAGCCGAAAUCAUUCAGAGCCUCAUUGAAGUCGGCCAGGUCAUCAGUCAGGAGACGAGCGCACUUGUCGAGGCCGUCAUGAAUCUCCAUCUCGAUCAGGAAGACACGGACAAGGCAAUUGCCCGCAUGAGCAUCGAAGCCAAUCUUGCCAAGGCCAGAACGGAUGACCAGAACCAAACCAUCAACAGUCUCCGCGAAGAGCUCAAGGCGGAGAAAGAGCACAGGGAGCAGGCUGAAGCCGCCCUGAAGAACAUGACGGAAUGCAUCGUGGACCUUACCACCGAGUUCAAGCAGUUGAAGGACAAGGCUGACAAACAGAGGACCGAGUCGCCGAACAACUCCUCCUCAUCUGAGAACAGCGAGAUGAUUGUCAAGAUCCUCGACAACACCAUCCAGAUCUUGGAAGGCCAAGCCAACAAGCAGCGUACGCCUUGGGUUGGAUCCGUCACCCGGGCCAUUGAGCCUCCCAUGCAGCAGCUUGGCCAGCAGCCUGUCCAGCAGAAACCCAUGAUGCCCGUCCAAGAACAGAACUUGGGUGACGGCAGCGUCUUCAAUGACGUUCCUCCCCCUCCCCCUCCCCGAGCUGCCUCGGCCUUCCAGCCCGUCCACCGCCCUCCUCCUCCCAUGGGGCCGCCGCCGCCCAAGUUUGGCCAGUAUCAGAACAUGCCACCGCGGCCACCAACCGCCAUGUCCCACGAGCGCCGCAGCGCCAACGCGUGGAACCUCGUCGCGCCUCCUCACGGUGGCCGACCCGGCCCCUUUAACAACAAGCCCCCCUUCCCUGGCCCUCCCUAUGGCCGAGCUCCCUCUCGUCAGGGAUUCCAGAACAAUCACCAGUUCCGACCGAACAACUUCCCGCAGUCUGCGUUUGCUAUGCCGGAGAACCCUCCUCCUAGGCCCAAUAGCGCAUUCGCAUAUGGUCGUGACUACUUCCCUAACACCCCAACAGGUCCGGCGCGUGGCCGAUACAACGGCCGCAUGCGUGAGAACGCUGCCAUGCCGCCGCCGCCGCCCCCUCCGCUUGACUUUGGAGCCUCCUCGUCCAGCGGCUCGACCUCUGGCCCGUCCACCUCGCUCGUCAACCGCAGCCCCUACUCGGGUCAGCCGGCGCCGGUCACCAUCACGGAGCAGACCGUCCAAGCCUGGAACGGAUACAUGAUGCACUUUUACGCGGCCAUUCGCAACUUUGUCGAGCGCCAUGCCAACAACCCCGAUGUCACGGGCGAGACGAAGCUGAGCCAGACUCAUCUGUGGCCCAUCCUGCUGGCCACGUACUACCCCCUGUCGGAGCAGGAGGCCGAGUCGUACCUCGAGUUCCACGUGCGCAGCGAGAACUCCAAGUCGUGCAUCGUCACUCGCGUCAUCAUCGACUUUGUCGUGAACCGCGUCUGGAACCCCAGCGCCUGGGCCGGCGCUGAUGCCGACUCUACCUUUGCCAUUAUGGAAGUCGAGCGAGACCUCGACCGCACAGCAGGCCAACCAUCCGUCGUCCGCCAGCCCAUCCUCGACCGCAUGGCCACCGUCAUCGAAGCCGUCGUCAAGAAGGAGCAGGGCGGCCCCUUUGUCAAGAACAAGAUCGACGAGGCCACCCACACGCUGCUCGCCAGCCUGCAGCCGCUCAUGAACCGCUUCUACAGCUCGCCCGACGCCUUCCGCGACCUCGAGCAGGUCAUUGACGCCGCGUACGAGAUCUCGUGCAAGAUCCUCACCAGCCGCCUCACCUUUGACUUCCGCUUCCCCGAGAUCGGCAGCCGCUUCUCGUCCCAGAGCAUGCUGCCCAUCUGGCCCAACAGCGACCCGCUCGAGCUGCAGGCCAAGCACUGGCGCGUCGCGCUCGUCACCACGCCCGUCGUGACGUGCCGCAACGAUACCGGGUCCAACAUCUCGGCGCACUCUGUUUCUCUCGCGGACGUGUUUUGCAUGCAGUGA